AUGUCUCAAGAAGGAUAUCAAUCAGCCUCCGCGGACACGAGCUUGAACACACACGAGACGCAGAGGACCAACCCCAGGAAGACACCGAUACAAAUCCUGCAUGAAUACGGCACCAAAAAUGGCAACCUUCCCGUGUACGUGAUGGAGAAGGCUGAAGGAGAGGCUCACCAACCCCACUUUGUCUUCAGCGUGACAAUCGGAGAAGUUGGCUGCACAGGUCAGGGUCCUAGUAAAAAGGCUGCUAAACACCAGGCUGCAGAGGCUGCCCUGAAUAUUCUGCAGAUAGAUGCCGGCAAAGUGAACGUUCCCGUGAAGUCUGAGAGUAACGGUGUUGUAGCAGAAACAAACAACCAUCCCAACUCAGUGGGGAUACUGCAGGAGUUGGCGUUGCAGAGAGGAUGGCGUCUUCCUGAAUACACAGUUUUAAUGGAGGCUGGUCCGCCACACAAGAGAGAGUUCACGGUUACUUGUAGAAUGGAGUCCCUGUCGGAGAAGGCUGUCGGAAAUUCAAAAAAGGGAGCGAAAAAGGCAGCUGCGGAGAAAAUGGUGUCCAAACUUCAGAGUCUGUCCGGCUGUUCUGAAAUCACAUGGACGCCGAAACCAAGCGUCCGAUUUGAGAACUUAAGGAACUCGUCGGCGGAGAAUAUGUCUUCACUGAGAAGAAACCCACUGAGCAUUCCCAACACAGAUUAUAUUCAGAUGAUGUUGGAGCUGUCCAAGGAGCAGGGCUUCGAGGUCACGUACUUCGACAUCGAUGAGCUGACGGUGAACGGCCAGUACCAGUGCCUGGCGGAGCUGUCCACCUCCCCGGUCACUGUGUGCCACGGCACCGGCAUUUCCUGUAGCAACGCUCACAACGACGCGGCACACAGCGCCCUCCAGUACAUCAAGAUCAUGGCCUCCACCAAGUAAAACCUCCACCCGUCAACAUCCACCCGUCAACCCCCCCCCCCCCUUCACCCCGUUCCGUCACCGUUACCAGCUGAUGUCCAGUGAUGACGAGGCUGUAGAUUGUACUCGUCUUCCUGCCACUGGACGCUAUAAGGUCAUGGUAUAUUUUUAUAUAUAUAUAAGUAUGUGUGUCGCAAAGCAGGUCGCGAUGCAUAAUAACUCUCCGUACACUGACUGGAAUCAGGCAACUUUAGAGCAGUAUUUGUGAUAAACCUUCUCAACAUCAAGAAUCCAAUAUGAAGGAAAUGUUGUUAGAAUACCAUCAUUUUUUACUUGAGUGUCCAACAUACUAUGUUUAAGCAAAUGCACAUGUGUAAAUGAGGUAGCAGCAGUGAAUAAUACGAAGCACUUCCACAUUUUCACAUAAUAAGUUUAUGUUGUAUUUAUGCACAUUUGUUGUCUUGCUUUAACGGGACCUUUCCCUCCUUUCUGGCCAGGAUGCAGAUGUUUUUUAAGUUCAAGUUCUCUUAAUGCAUUUAUUUCCCCAGAGUUCCCCCCUGUAGCAUUAUAUUGAGCCAAUAGAAGAUCUUAAACUUAUAAUUUGCUUCAGAGAUACCUGCCUUUCUGUUAAACUCUAAAAAUGAAAGUGAAUUGUAAAAGAAAUGUUUUUGUCUUAUAUUUGAAAGGAUGUUCUGCAUUUUCAUCUGCAGGUCGAAUUAGUUAACCCCCCCAUUUCCAUUCUUCCAUCAGUCGGUAUGCAAUCUGCCGUCUGUAUCUGGUUGGCACUCAAAAUAGAUAAAAGAAGUAGAUUCAUAUUCUCAUCCUCCUGUGCCUCAUAAUACCGUGUGAUGUAUGUAAUACGUGUAGGGACUGCUCUAGGAAUGCAUCCCUGGUGGAGAGCAGCAGCAGCAGCAGCAGCAGCAGCAGCAACAACAACAUGUGUAUGAAUCCAGAAAAUAAACACUAAAUGUCAACAAGUGUCUGUUUCUGUGAGUGAUCGUACAGAUAGACGGCGUUGAGAGGACAGAUUGCUGCGGUGCCGUGUGCGUUGUUAUUGAAUGGAACGUCUCUCGCCAGCAAUUUAUGAGGCUGCGUGUUUCGCUGUAUCGGUUCAAAGGCAAUUAGUUGAGGGCCUGUGCACUGCUGUAAUCAUUCACUCUUGAUUUGUGUGGUUUGAUAACUAAGAGACAAGAAGGCACACGUCAAUCGUUCAUCUAGUAUUUAUAGAGCCAAGCACUAUUUGUGUAUUUGAGGAAGGACAUUCGUCUGACUAAUAUUGUGAUUUAAAUUACGAUACUUUUGUUUAAAUUGACAACAAGCUGGUAUUUGUGGUCUACAUUGUAAUAAACAAUAUGCAUUUAUCCUCAGCAUAAUUACAUUUGACUUGUUUCUACACAAAUAGAAAUAAUGCAGAUGACUCUUAUCGAAGUCAGUCAGAAAUUAAGUAAACCUCUGACGGUGUUGGCUGCGCUGCUUAAGCCAACAUUAAACCUGCAACAAUAAUCUGUUUCAAAUAAACCUCACACUCCUCAGUUGAGUUUUACAGUUUUAUUAGAACAAGCACUAUGUAGCAGCAGUGUACAGUGUUCAUGGAAAGAUAUGUACUUUGUUAAAAUUGCACUUUAGAAGGUACCCAUCAGGAAAUAGAUUUGAAAGCGCUGACACGGUGCUUUGGGAUACAUGUCAGUCCAAAGCAAAAACAAAAAGUCCAAUUGAACAAAAAGAAAAAACAUUUUUUUCAAUAUUUUUUUGGUAAGGCAUCUGCAAUAUUCAUUGGCAGGCUAAGUAGUCUAGACAUGCAGGUGCAACAGUGGAUGAAGAAAGCAUGAAGAGGUUUUCAUGAGUAUUUUUUUCGUUUCAGUCACUCUUUGAUACCAAAACCUACGCAAAGCAUUGCUGUUACCUCUUCACACACCUGCUGUGGUUCAGUCUCGUAAAAAAAAAAAAAGCAAAAUCACUGAUGUAAGAGGGAAAAGGAAUCCGCUUUUUAAUUAGCGACCCAUCUUCUAAAUGUGCCGUAUUUACAGUGAUAACCAAAAUGUUUUGGUUACAUGUUGGUGUAGCAGAGCAGUGCAGACUGUCUGCAAGCAUUUUACAGUCAAAUCCCAUCAAAGACGUCUCCCUUUAAGACCGUAGAGGAGACACUUUGUCUGCAGAGAAACCAUCAACGCGUACAAUGUGUCCUCUGCAGGGAGCUGGAGACCGCAUAAUGUCCGGAGUUUAUUAAUGGCAUACCUUCUUUGCAUGGGGAUUCUCAUCAGUAGUGUGUUUGUGAGGCAUUAAUAAAUGCAUUAAGGCACAGCAAGUGAAACUGACACUGACAAGUUCUAGCAUUGAGUUUGUGAUCGGGGAUAAAAUUAAAAGGGAUAUGGAUGCAAAGCAGUUCUACCUUUUUUUGGUUUGUAAUCUACAGUACCAUAUGAACAGUGCACACGAGAUGGAUUUGCUCCACAUAGUUUUCAUUCUACGUAUUUAUAGUCCCUCACCCCCGCGGUCCUGUCCGAGGGGAAUCCACUCAGAUAUGCUCGUACACAAAGUGUGGACAACGUGUGACUCCGUGUUUGUGAUUUCACUGAUAUUUUCUAACUCUGUAACGCAAAAAAGGGGGACAAUAUUAACACGUUUAAGCUAAUCUGCUUUGCAAUAAAUACACAACACUGCAAAUAGGUAACUGGUGCUGUGCAGAAGCCCAGAAUGCAGCAGUACAGUCUCCGGGGAAAUCACACACAUUUUUAUUCUUGAACUGUAAAAUUGGUACCGUAUGAACUUGUUUGGAAAUAUAGUUGUUUUUGACCGACAGACUACUGAUAUGGCA